AGUCGCCUCCCGGGCAUCAAGGUGAAAUACCUGCUGGUGGUGUGGCUGGGCAUCUUCGUGGGCAGCUGGGUGGCAUACAUGCAUUACUCGUCCUACUCCGAGCUCUGCCGUGGCCACGUCUGCCGGAUGAUAAUCUGUGACCAGUACAAGAAAGGAAUCAUUUCUGGCUCCACGUGCAAAGACCUGUGUGAGGAGCGCAGCCUCCUCUUCCAGCACUGCCUCUCCUCCUCUCCCACCCAGCAGGUUUACAGCGGGCUUUGGAGGGAGAGGGGGGUGAUCAUCAAAUGCGGCAUCGAAGAAGCCUUGAAGGCAGACAGCCACCCAGACUCUGUGCCCAGGAGGGACGUGGUCCUCUUUGACAAACCGACACGAGGGACAUCGAUGGAUGAAUUCAAAGAAAUGCUCCUCAACUUCCUGAAG